CAGCAACUGUUGUGGCUGAAAUAGCCGAAUCCAGUAAUUUGAAGGAGUGUCCACAUACUUUUGUAUAUAUAGUGUAUUUGGACUGAAAUGUCACUGAUCCGUACUUGACCUGUUUGCUUGUGAAACUACUACUCUAACUCUGCUUGGUGUAUUGCAUACAGCUCCAUGCAGAUCAAGUCCCCAUCUGACUCCUCCUGUAUUCCACCUGUGUUAUAUUUCGCUGUAUUUGGCAUCUUUAACAAUAUCUAAGGGGGAUGAGAAAUGGUCUACUGCCAUUCAUGACACAGCAGUGACAUCUUGUGGAUAAAUUGAGUACAAUAUUUCAUUUAGUACACAUUUUCUCUCAGAAGGUGGUUGAAAAUGCCAAUUACAAAUAUUUUUUUUCUCCAGAAUAUCUACUCAAAGGUUAAAAAGUAAAUACAUAAAUAUGAAUCUGUUGCUGGGGAAUUUCGAGUCAUGGUGUCCACUAAAAAUAGUUUCACCUUGCAACAUUGCAUAGUCUGGCAGUCCAAACAGUGCCUGGUCAAAUAUCCCUGUCCAGUGUCCACUCCACACUGUGCUGGUUGGGGGAGGAACUCGACCCCUUUUCCCCUGCUCCUACUUCUCUCCUUGUGCCUGUAUCUAUCUCCCUGGAAAAUGAAAUAUGCUAAUAACAGAGGCAAGUGUUACCCUUUAACUGCAUGCAUGACACAAUAAAAGUGUGAAUUGCUUUUUUUCUUAACUAGUUGUUUGCUUUGAAAUGUUUAGGUACACUGUACACUAUAAGAGCUUUGUGGACGGGAUCCCUUUGUUUUGAAGACAAAUGACCUCAUCGCUCUGUGUAAAGAGAUUCAUAGUGGACUGAUGAGAGCUGUAGUUAUUACAAUGUAUAAAUAGACCAGAGUCAAAAGUUCAACCAAAUUAAAAUGUGUUGCAGAUAUGAAGCACCCUCUAGUAAGGAUGAGAAACGUUCAUUCCCAGUCCUCUCUGGGGAGUGACACCGACUCGCAGCCUGUCCUGAAAGAAGAGGAGGAAGAGGAGGAGGUAACACUAGAGGAGGAGAAAGAGACGGAAGAGGAGAAAAAAGGGGACGUAUUGACGGACUCAGAGCUGGAUCCAGAGUUGCCUGAGGAGUAUUCCCAUGGCCUGGAGGACCUGAGGUGGAACCUGAGCUCUCUAGAGAAGGCUGUAUAUCUCAGCCUGCCACCAUGGGUCCAGAGAGCAUUGCUGUGCAACCUCAUGGCUAAAUGUGGUGUAAACAACUCAUUCUUCCCAGCCCGUCUGCUGUCCUACCUGCUGCUGCCCUACAUACUGCCAGCCUCUAUCUUUCUCCAUGUCAACUACAGGGUGCUGUGUUGGCUCCGCCAAGUCCCAGGGAAGUGGCUGUGGCCGGGUGUCGAAGUGGCUGUGCCAUUCCUUCUAAAGCUCUCUCACCCCAGGAAGAACCUCAUGCACAGGUUGUGGCCCUCUGGUCCUGUCAGAUUUUGGCCCGUUGGUCCUGCCAGGUUGUGGCCCUGCAAUCCUAUCAGGUUGUGGCCCUACAAUCCUGUCAGGUUGUGGCCCUGCAAUCCUGUCAGGUUGUGGCUCUACAAUCCUGUCAGGUUGUGGCCCUGCAAUCCUAUCAGGUUGUGGCCCUGCAAUCUUAUCAGGUUGUGGCCCCUACGCUUUCUGGCAUCUGCCAAAGAAAAACAUACACAGUUUAAGAGUGCAGAGGAUCCUCCUCCACAGCAGCGCCGUCGCUCCGUCCUGCGGUUCCAGCUGUCCACCACCAGCACCCAUUACACAACCGAGAGCCCCAACACCCCAACCGAGAGCCACCCUGACCCCCUGGGCUUCUCCCUCCUCUUCAACCUGGAACUAGCGAUGGACAACCAGCCCAAUCAGCCCAACAACCAGUCUCUACUCCACCAUAGCGAGAGGCUGCUGCCACUGGAGUAUGGCCCCUGCAUAAAGAAAGAGGCCCUGGCCUCCCCACACAUCUCCUACAUGGGGGUGGAGGAAGAGGAGGAGAGGAUGUCUCAGGGAGGGGAUGAGGUGGAGGAAGGGUUAGCUCUCCUCCCCAGCCUUCCUGUGAAGUGUGCCAAUACUGGCUACUAAUGUUGGCUGACUUUAGGGUCAGGAGUUUUUCCCUGAUCGGGUCACAUGGUUAGGAAUGUGAUUUUCUCAGCAAAUGAAUAGCAGACCUAAGUCUGCCUGUAUCCAACUCACAACUAGUUUGUACUUUGAAGUAUAAUGUAUGUUGAACCAAAUUAGUGAAGUCGACUCUCAUGUGCCGCAUGAGGCAGUAAGCACAAAAGCUCUCUUUCUACUACGCCCUUCCAUUCUCACUCCAGUAUGCACAAUGACUGGAAGGAAUGAUGAUUAGGGUAGAGUCCCUCUUAGUCACGUCACAUAGUCAAAACAACUCCCUCAUGUUCCUUAUCAGCUGACUUCCAGGUAAAGUAGUAGGUAUUACCUUAUCAGCCGACUUCCAGGUAAGGUAGUACUUAUAUUGUAUUAGAUUUAUGUAUUUUAUGAAAUUGUAUAUGCAGCGCUUGAAAGACACUGGUCUCAAUGGUGACUCCCUAAUUAAAUAAAGGUAAAUAAUGUCCACAGGACAUGUAUUACACCUCAACUAGUUUAAUCAAAUUACUUUCAGGUAUUUGACAGCGGGUAUUGUUCAUCAAGUGAGUGACAGUCCUAUGAGUGGGGGGCUACCCGGCAGAGAUGAAAAUAUCAUCUUGAACGGAGAACUCCAUUCGCCCACUGGCGGUAGGAAUUUACAGCCUUGGGCAUAAGAAAGGCGGCAAAUAGCAAGCACAACAUUUUUUCCUAUCUGGUUACUAUCAGUGUUUGAUAGGAUCCUAAUAAACACCAUUAUUUUGUUAGCUGAAUAGUAAUACCUUUGGAUUGAGACAAUGUUAAGCCUUUUAACCUUGACCAGCUGUUUUGCUGAGGUUGAGUGGAACUUAGUUCAUUUAAAUAAAAGUAGUUAACAAAUGAAAA